GUCAUUGCUGUCAAUAAUCUUCUGCUUAUAAUCUAUAGGCACUGUCUAUCUAAAUGAGUAGAAGUGUUUGUGUUAAUGGUUGUAAAACAAAGAAUAUUACAAUUUUAAAUAGAUGAGGCUCGGUAGAGACCACCUUUUUAACUAUACUCAUGAGUACGGAAGAGACUCUGUUGAAUCUAGAUUUCGACAAACCCAGCACGAUUACGCCUCCCGAUGACGGUGUGGUGUCGCUUUCUAGCAGUGCUGAGGACAUUUGUUUAGUGCCAGAGGUCGGAUUCGAAGGAAACGUGGAUUCUCCAGGCGUCAACCGUGAGUCGCAGCCGCUGCUGGGCGGCCGCGGCGACUUAGAAGUCUCAUUCAAUCAUUUCCCAGAUGACCCUCAGUUCAGCGAGCUGGUGUGGCAGGCGGAGGUCGCUAUCGACAAUGGCAUCUUCCCCGAGAGGAUAUAUCAAGGUUCUAGCGGAUCGUAUUUCGUCAAAAAUCCAGGCGGGAAAAUCAUCGGUGUUUUCAAGCCAAAGGACGAAGAACCUUAUGGGAGGCUGAAUCCCAAAUGGACCAAAUGGAUGCACAAGCUCUGUUGUCCUUGUUGUUUCGGACGAUCCUGUCUCAUACCAAACCAGGGUUACCUCUCUGAAGCGGGGGCGAGCCUCGUCGACACCAAGCUGGGUUUACAAAUUGUUCCAAAAACGAAGGUGGUGAAAUUAGUGUCGGAGACAUUCAACUACCUGCGUAUAGAUCGAGAGAGAUCUCGACUGAAACGUGCCAUCACAGAACAGUUCCCUACCCUCAGGUUCAAUAGGAUGGGACUGCCCCCAAAGAUGGGUUCGUUCCAACUGUUUGUUGAGGGUUACAAAGAUGCCGACUACUGGUUGAGGAGAUUCGAACAGGAGCCUCCCCCGGCCCACCUCAUGACCAAAUUCCAGUUGCAGUUCGAGCGAUUGGUCGUCCUGGAUUAUAUGAUAAGGAACACGGACCGCGGCAACGACAACUGGCUCAUCAAGUACGACACCUCGGACAGAGACAUGACGCACCCCACGGAGUGGUCCGGGGGGUCCGAGGUUCGUAUCGCCGCUAUUGACAACGGGCUCGCGUUCCCCUUCAAACACCCUGACUCGUGGCGAGCUUACCCCUACCACUGGGCCUGGCUGCCACAGGCCAAGAAACCCUUCAGCCAGGACACUAAGGAGCUGGUGCUUCCACUUUUAUCGGAUAUGAAUUUCGUUCAGGAACUGUGCGAUGAAUUACACAUACUGUUCAAACAAGACAAAGGCUUCGACAAAGGUCUCUUCGAGCGACAGAUGUCUGUGAUGCGAGGUCAAGUGCUGAACCUCACGCAGGCGCUCAAAGACAACAAGAGUCCCGUGCAGCUCGUGCAGAUGCCGGCUGUUAUAGUUGAGAGGUCUAAGAGCGGGUCGACCUCGUCCCGUUUCUUCGACUCGUUCCAGCAACGGUUCCAGCACAAGUCGCCUUUCUUCUCCUGGUGGUGACGUCACGGUUAUAAAAGUGUAAUGUUAUACAGAUCACACGUAUGUAGGUUAUUGUACACUCCGCUGAAGUUGACCUGAGACAUUGUUUGUAUGGAGUUCGAAAUUCAAUAACCGGUUUGAAUCAAUGUGAAAUAAUUAAAUGAAUAUGUAAAGUUUUUUUUUGUAAAUAUGUUUGUGAAACACGUUUUUUCUAAUCUAUCGUGUUAUAUAUUAAUUCAGUUAUAUAAUUUAUUCAAUAUGUAGAAAAUGUUAAAAAUUUUAUAGAAUUCAAUAGUAACCAUCAAGGGUCGGUCAAUGACCCGCGGGCUAGUCGAAUGCUAUUUUAAUAUUAAGCACAUUUAAGCCAUUUUUUUUUUCAAAAUUUAAAUGGUAGAAAAAGGUUUUAACCCAAAAUACAGGACAGCGAUUUUAAGGUGAUAUUUUGAGAAGUAACUUUAUCGUUGUGCUAUUGCAAUCCAUAUCUGCUAGGGAGGGCUGUCGGUGACGCAAACAAUGUACAGGCGAAGUUGUCACGAUAUAUAAAUAUGCUGUGUCCAGUUUUGUAUGUGAAUCGUAAUAAUAACUCAUUGGACCACGGUUAGCUUAUGUAUUUAAGAAUUAAUUUCAAUAUAAAAAAAAAUUAUAAUAAUAUUAAAUAGACCGUAUUUAUUAACAAAUAUCAGUACUGUGAUAAACGCAUUAAUGUUAUUUUUAUGGAUUUUAGUUCGGUUCGAAACACUUCCUAUAAUUAAUUAUCUGUUCUCGUUUCUUGUUCGGUGUUGCCAUAAGCUUUUGGCCAAACUUUAUUUCCGGAUUUCACAUCCGCUGCAUGACUUCUCAUUUUAUUGUUUUAAAAUUAACUUUGAAUGUUAACUGUAAUGUCUAUUUCUUAUUUUAUUCAAAAUAUAUAUAUAAAGUUAAGUUAAUCAUUAUGGGUAUCAACAAGAAACGGAAUGCGAGUCCUCAGAAGUGAGAACAAUAGUUUUGUGCUGAAUAACAAAUUCGUUGUUAACUUCCCUAGUGUACUGAAAUUAUAGUGAUAAAAAACUGUCAUUUGGCACAAAAAUGUUUUUCUCAGAAUGUUGCUAAUACAAAAAAUAUACAAAUAAGAUAAAGGACAAUAGAUUCCUGGUGAAAAUAUACACAGUUUGAUGUGUAUAAUGUUUUAAUCGAGUAGUAAAAGCGAGUAAAGUCCAAGAAAAUAGACAUAGCUAGAGAUUUAACCCGACCGCUAUAGAAUACAUGUAUAGAGUAAAGCCGAUCAAGUUAGCUCGGCUGUGGACUUACAAUAAAGGUGCGCGGAAGAUGGAAUCUUAGAAUUUUUAUAUGAAGCAAAACAUCUCCGAGGUUUCAGUUCAACAGCAAAAUGUGAAAAAACAAUCUAUCCGUGUUUGUAAAUAGUUUUAAAGGAAUGUCGUUGAUAACUAAUUCAUGUUUAUAUUCAUUAUUUAAUUUGAAGUAUAAUAUAAUCACAUGCG